AUGGAGUAUUUUAUGGGGGAUUAUGCGGAAUUUUCUUCAGUGGAUGAUUUUAAUCUCAACAGUAAUAGUAAUGGUGCUAAUUUCACUGUGGAUGAUUUGCUGGAUUUUUCCAAGGAGGAUGUGGCGAUGACCGACGCAUUUUUCGACAGCUUGGCUGGAAAUUCGGGUGACUCCUCCGCUGUCACCGCCGUCGACAGCUGUAAUUCGUCGGUUUCUGGCGGUGGCGAUGGCCAAUUAAAUGGCAAUGUUAGCUGCCGCAGCUUCCCCGACUCUCAAUUUUCCGGCCAUGAACUCUGCGUUCCGUACGAUGAUUUAGCGGAGCUGGAAUGGCUUUCAAAUUUUGUGGAGGAAUCAUUCUCAAGCGACGAUGUACACAACCUUCACUUCAUCCCCACCAACACCACCGCCGAAAUCACCGCCGCCUCCUCAUCCUCCUCUGCCACCAAAAGUUCAGUCUCUCCAAUCAACAAUUCGCCGCCGCCGCCGCCGCCUAUUUUCCAUUCCGAUGUUUCCGUCCCAGGCAAAGCCCGCAGCAAGCGCUCACGCGCUGCCCCAUGUGACUGGUCCUCCCGCCUCCUCCUCUCUUCGCCGCCGUCCUCCAUCUCCAACAAUCACUACAAUAAUGUCACCAUCAACUCAAACACCAACCACGAGCCCAUGAAAACGACUCCGUCUAAGAAUAGGGAACCAGCUGAAACCCCAGGCCGGAUAUGUCUGCAUUGCGCCUCAGAGAAAACUCCGCAGUGGAGAACCGGCCCAAUGGGCCCAAAAACUUUAUGCAACGCUUGUGGGGUCCGCUAUAAGUCGGGUCGGCUAGUACCCGAAUACCGACCCGCCGCUAGCCCGACUUUCGUAUCCAACAAGCAUUCAAAUUCCCACCGGAAAGUGGUGGAGCUCCGGCGGCAAAAGGAGUUGCAGAUGCAGCACCACCAGCAGCAGUUGCUUAGUCAAACGUCAAUUUUCAACAUAAACGGCAGCGAUGAUUUUCUCAUUCAUCGUCACAAUAGUGCUGACGGUCCUGAUUUCAAGCACGCAAUCUAG